ACACAACGCGCAUAGCACAUAGGCCAUUACAUACAGUUGCAAUAUAAUACGCACAACCAUCUUUCUCCCAUCAUUACUUGUCACGACCACCCACAAAGGGAAGAAAUAUAUCACAAAGAGAGAGAGGGAAAGAGGCAGCCCAGUGGUAAAGAUGUCCAAAGACUGCGGUAACCACGGUGGAGGCAAAGAAGCAGCCGUCCGGCGAAUCUUAACCGCCGUAAUAGCCUUCAUCAUAAUAGUCCUAAUCACCAUCUUCCUAGUGUGGGCCAUACUUAGACCCACCAAGCCAAGAUUCGUCCUCCAAGACGCCACAGUCUUCGCCUUCAACCUCUCGCAACCACACCUCCUCACCACAAACUUCCAGAUCACAUUCGCAUCUCGUAACCCGAACUCCAAGAUCGGUAUCUACUACGAUCGUCUCCACGUCUACGCUACGUACCGGAACCAGCAGAUAACUCUCCGUACAGCGAUCCCUCCAACGUACCAAGGCCACAAAGAGGACAACAUCUGGUCUCCGUUCGUUUAUGGAACGGCUGUUCCCAUCGCUCCGUACAACUCCGUCGCGUUGGGGGAGGAGCAAGGCCGUGGAUUCGUAGGGUUGAUGAUACGCGCUGAUGGGCGCGUGAGGUGGAAAGUAGGGACGUUGAUCACCGGAAAAUAUCAUAUCCAUGUUCGGUGUCCGGCUUACAUCAAUCUUGGAAACAAAGCUGCUGGUGUUAUUGUCGGUGACAACGCCGUUAAGUAUACGUUGGUUACUAAAUGCACUGUGAACGUUUAGAACAUUGAACAACGUUAAGUUGCUUUUUUCUAUUUUUUAAAAAUAAAAUUAUUUAUAAUCAAUCAUUUUCUUUUUAUGAACAAAUUCACCAAACUUCUUCUUCCACCAGCAAGAUAAUAUUUCUGUUUCACUACUUGUUGUUGUUAAGAUUAGUGUUGAUUACUAUAGAAUAGUACUUACAAUCACGAUGGUUUGUGGUUGGAUUUUAUUGUAAAUCCACUUAAAGCGAAAAGAUGUAUUGGUACUGGUUCUUUUGUGUUUCA